AUGCGGUUCCUCGACGAACCCGCCCUCGCCCGACUGUCCGAGAACAUGACAUACCAGCCAUCUCCCGAACUGGGAGUAUACGCCCGCUUCGAAGCUUACUCUGAGAAACUCAGUGGACGUCAGAGAAAGUCGUACAGAGACAUGGAAAAAGUUCAUAAACGUGAUCAGGAUGGAAUGGCCAUGUGGGUCUUCUUCUCUCUCCUCCUCGCCACUCAUUUGACAUGUUUGUUCGGGACCCCACCGCGCCUCACCGCCCCGAUGAAAGUUCAUUUUCUAUUGGUCUCCACUCUCAAUUGCGCUUAUCCCGACCAUGACUUUUCAUCUCUUCGACCGGACCAUUUCACUCGUGAACCUGCAGCUGCGGCCGUCAUCGGUCACCUGUGUGGUAGUCUCCUCGGACCGGUUGGCGCACUACCUGCCAUACCUCGUCUCGGAUCCUCUCCCAAUACGCCAGGUAGUCAUUCGCAUUCCUCUCCACCGGCUAUGAACGCGAUGCCACCACCGGGUAUGAUCAACUCUGAUUUGUACCGGAUCUUAAACGAUAUCGUACCUCUAGCGGAGUGCGAGGUAUAUUCUUGGUUCCCUGAGCCGGAAUACGACCCUCAUUUACUGGAGGAUGAUGAUGAGGAGAGUGAGAUGGGUAUAGAGGAAGAGGAUCCUCUGGAAGAACUCAUUGAUCGGAAAAUGGACGUGGAUAUCGACGGUCCUGAGAUCUAUGAACAAGCUGGGAUCGUUAUGGACAUGGAUGAUGUUCCUGUUCCUGUCCCAACGAUCCGGAAACCUUCCACCAGUGGUCAAGCCAACGCAGAGAAAGUGCUUUCGACACCUCCCCCGAAAUCAAAAGGUGGCGAGACAGUGCGAGAGAGACCGAAAGGCGCCUUGUUAUGGAGUGCCAAUUACUUCUUCUACUCCAAACGACAAAAAAGAGUACUUUUCAUCACGUGUUGGUGUCGAAAACGCCAUUUGCACUCUUUGUCUACCUCCACGGCUUUCCCACUCCCUAUAUCAUCAUCACUCGGUAGCUCAUCCUCUGGUCCCACUUCUGUCCCUCUCUUCGCUCGUACUAUUCGACAACCCAAACCUAUGACCUCUCCCGUCUCGCGUCUAGCUUAUCGGCGCUCGAAACUAAACCUAAGACCAAAAGCGGACAUGUCCGGUACCAUACCUAUACGAGGGAUCGAAACGCAUCAGCGGACCGGUCGAUUGGCCAGUAGCGCGCCUUCUUCAAGCCCGUUAAUCACGUUGAAUCAAUCUCGAUUCGAUAAAAUGAAAACCGGCGGUUUCAAACCUCAUCAAACACCAGCGAGAACGGUCCUGAACGCUGCAAACGUUAGUGGGAUGCCACCGAAGGUCAUGUCCACAGCGACCUCAGCGUUGAGCGAGAAGAUCAGAAAGGAUAGAAGCGAGAGUACGACUCCUGGGCGUAAUGUUGGAAUGGUUGGCAAUGUUGAGAAAGUGAAAGAUGCUGAGAACAGUGUGGAGGAGAGUAAAGGAAAGAAGACGAAAAUCUGAGAGGGAGGCGAAUAUCUAAUCAAGCUUAUCUGAUAUCAUUGACAGUUGUGUAGAGAGGGUUGGUUAUCUUGGGGACAAAUGGACAAUGUGGUGUAUACAUCUAUGAUCAUAUGGUGGAUCACUCUGUGUAAGUUGUACGAGACAUGCCGUUGUAUGCUGAGGAUGAUGGUUGUGGUAGAUGUAUGGUGUACCCCUAG